GUACUUCAUUUUUAACUAUUUGAGGGAGGCCCCAUUUUAGAUUCCUGAAGAACUCAUUUGCUUAUUUGGUAGUUCAAUAAGAAAACAAAUUAAAGUUUGAAACUUUGAGGUUGAGGAGAAUCAAAGUCUGAAACUUUGAAGCCCAAAAAGCAAUGCGCGGGAGUUACCGUUUGACACAGUUACAGUACCGCAGCUUCUGCUCAAGCUCAGCCAAAGCCCAGAAACCCAUUAACGUCAGUUUUGGAAACCCCACUAACCCAAACCCAAUCCCAUGGAAGAAAACAAAGACCCAGAAGCAGAAGAGUUCCCUGAAUAGGUUAUCAAAUGCUUCCGACUCGGAAGUUGUUAAAUUUAACAUGGAAAUCAGUACCCAAAUGCGCAAUGGCCAAUGCGAAGAGGCUCUGCGUGUGUUUAAUGCAAUGGGUCGGAGGAGUUCGGUUUCUUACAAUGCCAUGAUAUCUGGGUACUUGGCAAAUGGGAAGUUUGAUGAUGCAAAGAACGUGUUCGACAAAAUGCCUGAGAGAGACUUGGUGUCUUGGAAUGUGAUGCUUAGUGGGUAUGUGAGGAAUAGGGAUCUUGGUGGGGCUCGAGCUUUGUUUGAACGUAUGCCGGAAAAGGAUGUUGUUUCAUGGAAUGCCAUUUUAUCUGGCUAUGCCCAGAAUGGUUAUGUUGAUGAGGCGAGGAAGGUUUUUGAAAUGAUGCCGAAAAAGAAUGAGAUAUCUUGGAAUGGGUUGCUUGCGGCUUAUGUGCAGAAUGGGAGGAUAGAAAGUGCUAGGAGGUUGUUUGAGUCGAAGGCAGAUUGGCAAGCAGUGUCUUGGAAUUGUUUGAUGGGGGGAUUUGUGAAACAAAAGAGAUUAGUUGAUGCUAGGCAGCUUUUCGACAGGAUGCCUGCGAGGGAUGAAGUUUCGUGGAACACUAUGAUCACAGGGUAUGCACAGAAUGGGGGAAUGUCAGAAGCAAGGACAUUGUUUGACAAGUCUCCUGUAAGGGAUGUGUUUGCGUGGACAGCAAUGCUUUCGGGUUAUGUGCAGAAUGGGAUGUUGGAUGAAGCAAGACGAAUUUUUGAUGAAAUGCCAGAGAAGAAUUCGGUUUCGUGGAAUGCAAUGAUUGCAGGGUAUGUGCAAGACAAGAGAAUGGACAUGGCGGUGAAAUCGUUCGAGGCAAUGCCUUUUAAGAAUGUGAGUUCUUGGAAUACCAUUUUAACUGGCUAUGCUCAGAGCGGCGAUAUUGAUGGUGCUAGGAAAGUCUUUGAUAGCAUGCCUCGGCGUGAUUCCAUCUCUUGGGCGGCUAUCAUUGCUGGCCAUGCUCAAAAUGGUUUCGGUGAAGAGGCUUUGCGUCUAUUUGUGGAGAUGAAAAGAGAUGGGGAACGACUGACUAGGUCUACAUUUUCUUGUGCUUUGAGCACAUGUGCUGAAGUUGCUGCUUUAGAGUUGGGGAAGCAAUUACAUGGGCGUUUAGCAAAAGCAGGAUUCGAAAGUGGGUGCUAUGUGGGCAAUGCACUCCUUGUGAUGUACUGCAAGUGUGGAUGCAUAGAGGAAGCAUACGAUGCGUUCCAAGAAAUAUCUGAAAAGGAUGUUGUCUCGUGGAACACGAUGAUCUAUGGUUAUGCAAGGCAUGGAUUUGGCUCAAAGGCUCUCAUGGUUUUCGAUUCAAUGAAGGCAGCUGGUAUUAAACCUGAUGAAGUAACAAUGGUGGGUGUAUUGUCUGCUUGUAGUCAUACUGGCUUUGUGGACAGGGGAAGGGAAUACUUUCAUUCAAUGAAUCGGGAGUAUGGCAUCACAGCAAAUGCAAAACACUAUACCUGCCUGAUUGAUCUUUUAGGUAGAGCUGGGCGCCUGGAAGAAGCGCAGAAUUUAAUGAGAACAAUGCCUUUUGAACCAGAUGCUGCAACAUGGGGAGCUCUACUUGGCGCAAGCCGCAUUCAUGGCAAUACUGAAUUAGGAGAAAAGGCUGCUAAGAUAAUUUUUGAGAUGGAACCUGAAAAUGCAGGAAUGUAUGUUCUUCUCUCAAAUUUAUAUGCUUCUUCAGGCAGAUGGGGUGAUGUUGGUAAAAUGAGAUUGAAAAUGAGAGAUAAAGGUGUCAGGAAAGUUCCUGGAUAUAGCUGGAUUGAAGUGCAAAACAAGAUUCACACAUUUUCAGUUGGGGACUCUAUACACCCAGAGAAGGACAAUAUAUAUGCCUUCUUGGAAGAGUUGGAUCUGAAAAUGAAGCGGGAGGGAUAUGUUUCAUCUACAAAGUUGGUUUUGCACGAUGUUGAAGAGGAGGAGAAAGAGCAUAUGCUGAGGCAUCACAGUGAGAAAUUGGCUGUGGCAUUUGGGAUUCUUUCAAUUCCAGCAGGGAGGCCAAUCCGUGUAAUGAAGAACUUGCGAGUAUGUGAAGACUGCCACAAUGCCAUCAAAUACAUAUCCAAGAUUGUGGGAAGGACAAUAAUCUUAAGGGAUUCUAACCGCUUCCACCACUUCAGUGAGGGUUCUUGUUCUUGCGGGGAUUAUUGGUGAUAGAGGAUAUUCAUUGUGUACAGAGAAGAUUUGGGACUCCUACUGCAAGCACUCUCAGUGCUUUUAACUGGUCAGGUUGUUUGUGCUUCCACCACUGCUGUAUUUACAGUGAAAAUUGGACCUGUUAACAGUUAUUAGUGAUGAGAGGAACUGUGCUCUUGGAUCACUAACUUGUAGAAACUAGAGUGCCAAGUCGGAGGAAAAUGGGGAAUUCUAGGAUACAGUGCAGCGGUUUUUGUUUCAUUUCAAACUUGUAUCACUUUUUCUGGCAACAAAAUUGUUUCUGGAACUCAAGUAUGCUUUUGUAUGAUCAGUUAUCCAUUUUAUGUACUUUUGGAGAUAUUAGUUUCACUGUGUAUACAGAACCAAUCAUACAAUAUAAUAAUUGAUCAAGAGUUGUAAACAUA